GGAGCCGGUAAAACCCUAACCCGAACGCGACCCUUUUCCUUCGUCGAUGGCGUCGAUGGAGAAGUUCAAGUUAGGGUUCCGAUCCCUCGCGUCGGACAUCAGCACGAACACCGCCGCCGUCAACUCCUCCGGCUUCUCGUCCUCCUCCGAUCAAGCCCAUGUCCUUGUUCACCGCGCUCCCAUCGGGCGGGUGGUUUCAGUGUCGACAUGUAGUAAGAUCUGUGCAAUCAGCUUUGUCGUCGGUGUCUUUGUUGGUUUCACGCUGAAGAGACGGGUGAGGCGUUGGGCAAGCAAACUGCUCAAGCGGUUGAAGGAUGAUUAAGCUGUAAACGACGACACUAAUAAUUUUCAUGUAUGCAUUCGGUAGCAAAUUUUGACAUUUCUAAUGUCCACAUUAUAGAGCCUGUUGUUCAAUUUUUUGGAUGCUUA